AUAACACAAGAAUGGGAAACAUAGAAUGGUCAUGAUGAUAAAGUAUUCAUCACAAUACACCGUUGAUACUUCCACCUAUCUAGUACAUCCCUUGCGGUAUUCUGAUUGGUUGCAGAAUUUAGUAAAUAGAACGAAUGAAGCAGAAAAUGCCCACUUUGCUGUUUGAUUGCAAGGAGUGGAGACCCAACUUGUUGUCUGAUUAAUUGAUCUUCCGAUUAUUUUGCUUUUGGAAAAAAAAAUUUCGAUGACGAUGGAUUUUUGUUACGUACUUACUCUCACGCUUUCGCUUCUGAUCUUACCCUCUCAUUCGCUCGGAUCUGGGAUAGAUUCUAUUUCAGUUGAGACCAGUCCAACUUCCAUCAACAUAUCCUGGGUGAUAUCAUCAGGGUCGUCUUGGGAUUAUUACACCUUGGAGGUCAUCAAGUCAUCUCGGUCUCUGAGUGGAUAUCCGACCAAUACCACCGGAACGGCACAUCUAAUAACCGGACUUGACCCUGACAGAUUGUUCACUAUAACUGUGACACCUUGGAACGCUGAGGGCGCAGGAGAUUCAUUGACAGAAAAUGCUACUACAGAAUCGAUCCCCGAAGGAGUCAUAUUGGUGUCCGAUGUGACGUCAUCGUCCGCGUUUCUCCAAUGGAGAGCCGUUGAAGGAGUCAUCUUCUACAAGAUAGUCGCUGAACCGAGUGAUGCCAUCGGGCCUUUAGGAGGUAUCUUUGAAGAGGAAGUCGGACUGACCAUUCUACUUCCGGGUACAGUUUUCAAUGUGACUGUACAAAAUGGCCAAUCAUCAAUGGAGCUUGCAUCAACGCAAAUAAGAAGCGCACCCGAGAGUCCAUUUAACAUUUCUUUUGAAGAAAUUCGUACAACCAUGGCAACUCUCUCCUGGACCCCUCCUUCUGGUUCACAUGACGCAUACGAGUUCUACGUCAUCAACAAUUCAACCAAUGAGAGAUUACUGAUUACAACGGCACAGCGUGGUGACGUCAGCGAUAAUAUGGAGACGUUACCUGAUCUGUCACCCGCUACGAUUUAUCUAUUUGAAGUUGGAUCUGUAUUGAACCCCAUUGAUUCUUUCCGAUUACAGAGGAGUGAUGAGGAUGACAAUCCCACAGUUUACGGUCGAACUGGUCCUGAAGCUCCGUUGGAUAUCGUAAUAAACGGUAUUACCGAUAGUUCAAUCGAAGUGACUCUGAUUCCCCCAAGAAGCCACCAUGAUGGGUACGAGAUCAUCCUAUCCGAUUCAAUAACCAACCAGACGUCAAAUAUUUCAACCACCCAGAUGGAGGAAAAUAAGGCAUACAGCUGGACCAGAUCGGGUUUGUCCUUCUCCACCGACUACACUUUAGUGGUUGGAACUUUUCUCAACGUAGAGGGCUCUUUUCCGUUCCAGAGGAGUGAAAAUAACCUGAUGAAGACAUUUCAAACAGGAAGCGCCGUUGCUCUCAACCUUCCUUAUGUCCUUCUUCUUGUCACUGCCUUCAUGUCUCUCUUUCUUGUUUGAACUAACACAGGGGAUUUUAAAGAAUCGGCAAGCAAUUUGGAAGGACACAAUCAAGACCAGCCGAUAACAAACUUGGAAGACAGCGAAAUGGAAAUAAUAAGAAACUAGCAAUAUGCACAAAGGGCAACAUGAUGAAUAAAUAACAAAUUGUAUCAGCCCCAAAGCAAACUGAAAUUCACGCAAAAGCGCAAGAAAUCUCGACAUCGUUACCCUAUUUGUAAUUAAUAACAGCUGUGUCAAAAAUUGUACAUAAACAUUACACCGUGAAUUGUUUUUGUACGAUUUGAUCCAAAAAGUGAGUUAACGCAGUAAUAUCAAAAAUUGAUAUUGGCUUUUAAAGACCGAUCUAAAAAGUAAGGCUGACGCAAUCAAACUUGAAAAAAAAAAUCAUCAGAUUAUCUCGAACAAUCCAAACCAAAAAGUAAGUUGACGCAAUCAAACAUUAAAAAACAAACAAACAAAGUCACCUGACUAACUCAAACCAGCCGAUCAAAAAUUAAGUUGACGCAUCAUCAGAUUGACUCGUAAAGAUCAAAUAAAAAAAGUAAGUUGACGCAAUCAGAAUUGAAGAUGAUAAAACAAAUUACAAGGUUCACUGGUACAGUCCGUUCCAAAAAGUAAGUUGACGCUAUCAGACAUGGAAACACUAGCGUAACUACGGGGGGGGGGGGGGGCAGGGGGAGGGCACUCUGCCCCCCCUGACGAGCCACAACCCAAACAAAAGACAUAUACCUGCCCCACCUGACGAGCUGAAAAGACCUUCAUUGCCCCCCUGACGAGCUUGAAGACCUUUAUUGCCCCACCCUGAUGAGCUUGAAGACUUUUUUGCUCCCCCCUUAAGAGCUUAAAGACCUUUUUUUUUUUUUUUUUUUUCUGGUACGAAAACCUUUAUUUUUUAAUUGAAGACCUUUUUUUUUUUUUUUUUGCUUGUCAAAUUUUUGGGCGGCCGAUUUUGCCUCCCCCUGUGGAAAAUCCUAGGUGCGCCACUGCAUGGAAAUAAUGUAACAAAGUCACCAUUAGAUUAGCUGCUACAGUCCGCGACCCAAUACUAAGUUGACGCAAUCAGACUUGAAAAUAAGAAAACAAAGUCACCAUCAGAUUGAUUCGCACAAUCCGAUCAAAAAAGUAAGUUGACGCAAUAAGACUUUAAAAUAAUAAAAGUCAUCACAUUGACGGGUACAAUCCGACCCAAUGCUAAGUUGACACAACUACUGUAAGGUUCAUUUAGUAAACCAUAUUGUAUACAAUUUGAAACAGUGUUUUUAUUUUUUUAACGAUAUGAUGCUAAAGGGGUGGUUCGAGCUGGAAAUAUUCAUUUCUGAAUAAAUAGAGUAAAAUUCCAGAGCAAAAUGCUGAAAAUGUCAUCAACGUCAGAUAACAAAUAAUGAAAUUAUUGAAUUUUAAAUUUUGUCAAUCUUUUGUGAAAACAGUUAUAUGCAAAUCGUAAUAAAUAUUCAUUAGGUGGGCUGAUGAUGUCACAUCUAUACUUUCCCUUUUCUUAUAUUAUUACACGAAAUCAUCAAUGUUUCAUUUUUUUCAAACAUGUGUAAAUGAUGUGUCUACAUUAUGAUGAAAUAAGAUGCGGCAAUAUUAUAACUAAUGCACUUCAUCAGUUUUUGGUAGAAAAAAUUGAAUAAACCUUAUUUCAUAUAAUAAAAUACAAAGGAACAAGUGGGGAUAUGACAUCAUCAGCCCACCUAAUGAAUAUUCAUAAGGGCAUACCCAGAACUGUUUAACCGGAAUAAUGCAAAUCUUUAAAAUUCAAUAACUUCGUUAUUUGUUAUCCAAUUUUGAUCAAAUUUUCAGCAUUUUGCUUAGUAAAUUUUACUCUAUUUAUUGAGAUAUAAACAUCUCCAGCCUGACCCAUCCCUUUAACUAUAAGCCCCGGGUGUGAUUUUUCGUCUGUACUUGUGCACCCUACGCGAGAAGGCAUUUGGGAAUAGCUUUAGCCGUUACGUACGACACAUUUUCGAGAGACUUAUCGAGAGGCGAUGUCAUCCAAAUUUGAAGUAGAAUGUGAUUCAGUAGCAUUUUGUCUUUGUAUAAAUUUUCGUAGCUUUCAUGGAUCUCUAUUACUCAAGACUCUAUAUUUCUUGGUAGCUUUGUUAUCUGAAAGACGCCAUAGGAAAACAAAUAACAUUACGGCUAUUGAUAGAUUUAAUACACUCUACAAAACUGGCAGUUAUAUUAUAACAAGCCUCCAAAACAGCCUAGUUAUCGUCAUUCCCACAGCCCUCUCGCGUCAGGUGUACAAGUGCUAACGAAACAAGAGGAAAAGACAUUUCAGUCAAUGGGUUCUCCUGGAUAAAAAUAACGAUAUCUAAAUAAGCAGAGCAAAUUCUUUGAGCAAAACGCAGAAAUUUCAUCAAAAUCUGAUACAAAAAUAUUUUGGAAAAAUAGCGUUUCUAAAAUAAGUAAUUGCGUAACUCAUCCACUUUAAUUUGACACCGUCUUCGCGUCACAAUUGUAACAGGUCACAGAGUUAUGGUCCAUCGAAGGCGAAAGAUACAAAACCCACUUUUUCAAAGUUUUGGGUUUUAAUGUACAUGCACGAAACCCACCUUGUUGUAAGGUUUUGGUUUUAUCAGAGAUUUUCCCUGCAAAUUUCAGACCCCCGAGGAUAAUUACCCCCGGAAAAUGACCCCAGGACAUUUACACCGGACAAUGGCCCCCUGAAAAUUAUCCCUGAGGACAAUUAUCCCCGGAGAAAAUUACCCCCGUGAACAAUUACCCCCGGAGGACAAUUACCCCCAGACAAAGGGAGAGCACAAAGUCAUACGACGGUCGUACGUUUAAUUUUAUUAUCUGAUUAGAUUAUGAAGCAUAAUAUGUUGGUCAUAGUUCAAGCGUCACAAAUGCAGAUGACGCAUUUUAAUCUGUUUAGCUUGUUGCUGUUGUUGUAUGUUUGGGGUUUGUAUUUUAUGUAUAUAUAGUUUCUUUGUUAAACCAUUCAUGACAGUAGUUCUUCAGAGGAAUUAAGAUAAACUGUUCUUAAUAUGGACAAGACCUGUAUUGUUUUAACCAAGUGUUCGAUACGUUAAAGUGAACUAAAUGUUUAACACUAUCAUAAUUGCAAAUGUGUAUGGAAAAACACUGUAUUUGAUGAUGUCAUUUCGUUUACAAUUUAGUAAUUUGGGUACUUGAUUACCUUCUUAGAGUAAAGUUCACAAAGCAAAAUGCUGAAAAUUUCAUCAAAAUCAGAUAACAAAUAACGAGGUUAUUGAAUUUUAAAGUUUAGCAAUAUUUUGUGAAAAUAUGUUAUAUGCACAUCGUCAUGAAUAUUCAUUAGGUGGGCUGAUGAUGUCAUAUCCACAAUUUCCUUUUUCUUAUGUUAUUACAUGAAAUCAUAAUUGUUUCAUUUUUUCACACAAGUGUAAAUGGUGUGUCUCCAUUAUGGUGAAAUAAGUUAUGGCAAUAAAUAACUAAUGCAUUUAA